AUGCCCCAUGGCUUCGACAAACUUCUACACCAUGAACCCGAAUCAUCCCCUCCCACCCCGCCACGCCGGAAGUCAACUUUACCUCGAUACCAUCUUCAUGUCCGCCAGCAGCCUAUUGCCGCACGAGCAUGUGGCGCCGGUGAUCGAGAUCGACGUCCUGUUGACCCGCCACCAAUCGUACAGAUUCUUCUCACAGACUUCGACCCAGAAUCCGAAGACGACAAAGACACCCUUCAAGAUCCCCGCUUCACAGUUGGCUGUCUACUCUUUCCUUUCUCGGACUCAUCUACCUGGACCCAACCCCCGGAUCCAGAACAAGCAGAACGAGAUCAAGAGAAAGAGAAAGAAUCAGACGGCGUCGCUCGCGCAGACGACGAUUUUUCCACUCCUCUCCUCUCCGGAAAAGCAUUCAUGUCUCCAUUCUACGUCGAAGCCGAUCCAGAUCCCAAUUCUGCACCCACUCAUCCCUCUUCAGAUGAUAUCAAUCCCCCUCCAUCUUCUCAACCUCAUAAUCUGCGUAAUGCCUCCAAACUCCAUCAACCUGCUACCUUCUUUAUUUUUGCCGAUCUCUCUAUCCGCACAGCGGGUUUAUAUCGUCUACAAUUCCGGCUUAUGAAUUGGGGCUCCGUCGAGGAUACCGGUCAAUCGAUGCCUAUUCUUGCGGAAGCCUGGUCUGAUCCGUUCCGAGUGUAUGCUGCGAAAGAUUUCCCGGGAAUGCGCGACUCAUCCAUUUUGGCGGAGGGCUUGAAGGAACUCGGGUUUGUGGAGUUGAAAACUCGUGGGAAUGGGAAGGGAAAGGGGAGGAAGAGAAAUUGA